GUAUUGUUCCCUCAUCCUUGCUGUAUCCUGUAUCAAAAUUCAAAAGUCAAGAGAGUUUGGGUCCAGACGCCGACCGACCACAGAUUGAGAUUAGGAUGCUGCUGCUGCUUUAUUCCGACGUGACACCACCACUGUACCGCCACCGCACUCACCCGGCCGGCAAGCUACUAUAUUACAUGAGCAGAGAAGGCGCAGCGGGGAGGGCUGCCAAAGAUUUCCCCACCUUCCCGAAUUGAAUUUCGCAGCAGGCCAAAGGCGUUAGUCCCCUUCCCGGAUCAUCGUUACUUUGUAAUGAUCUGGCCACGGUUCUGGAAUUUUCACCAGUGACAGAGGGCCCUCUAUGGUUGCUUUGAAUAAGAGUAUGAACUAUCACUGACUUGGUGAGCAGUAUUAUUAUGGGGGGAGAAAAGCUCCAUGAGCAGCCCUCUGGUCGUCUGAUUGAAUCCCUUAAAAUGGAGAGGGUUAGGACCAUUCUCACUCAUGGAUACCCAUACCCACAUGAGCAUUCGAGACAUUUCAUGGUUUGGAAGACUAUCGAGACAAACUAUUCAAACUUUAGUCGUUGGUAAGCAAUCUUUGGUGUCUGUGAAAAGAUAAUUUUAGGUAAAACAAGAUGUAUUAGUUCCCUGAGCCUGUUUCUGAAUGCAUGUACUUUGCAUGGAUAUUUUUGGAAGCAUUAUACCAUCUCCCUAGUUUUCCUCUCCAGUUUUCUUGAUCGUCUUCCACAUCAUAUUUCUUGGACUCUGGUAUUUGGAUCCUGUUUCUCGCAUGGCAGAGAAAGGCCAGAGAUGCUUACUAUAUCCAAAAUUGUGCUGUAAGCUUUUGGCAUACAAUGAUUCAGGUGUUCCGUUCAUCUUCUUUAGAUACUUGUGAUUUUUCUAAGAUUUGCAAUUUCUGUCACAUCACAGGUGAUAAGUAUAGCUUGCUGCGUGUUCUACAGUCACUUUGGUAACAGGACUCUUUCAAGGGAUAAAUCUAUUGAUCAUAGAAUUGCUAGCUGGGUUGCAUUUUCACCGUGGAGAAAGCAAAUUGAGGACAAUACACUGAUUUCAAAGCUAUGGCGUAUGCAUAAGUUUGAAAACCAGAUUUGCUCGUCCUGGUUUGCUCCGGUUGGCUCUUCCAGUGAUUACCUGCUUCUGUCGAAAUGGCCCAUUUAUGGAGAACUUCCAAUGGAUCCGAACACUCCAACAUCAUUUCACCUGUCUACUCUUUGUGGGCUACAUUCAUUGGUCUUUACAUGGCCAAUUAUGUCGUGAAGCGGUCAACUGGAGUAUGAGAAUCUGAAGGAACUGUUGAAACCGGAUUUCGAGGACAUGGUUCCUCAGUAUUCUGGGACCUCAACGGAUUUGCUUAAAACUGUUUUCAACCUCAUGUUAUCAGUCACACUUUUUGUUGGUCGAUUUGACAUGCGUAUGUUGCAGGCUGCUAUUAACAAAGGUCCAGACGAAUCUAAGAGCAGCGACCUUUUAUACGAUCAUCUAGAUGGAAAAGACGAACUUCUGUUUGACUUCAUUGCUGAUGCCGGCGAUGGUGACUUCAUUGCUCAACCUUCUUUAGUCGUAAAAUCUGAUGAUUUCAGGCUUAUACUUCCUCGUGGACAACUACUACUUAUUGGUGGAAACCUCGCAUAUCCAAAUACAUGCUCGUUUACAUAUGAGCAGCGUUUUUCUGCCCUUUUGAGUAUGCUCUCCAGCCUCCUGCUUGGUAUACGCCUGAACACAUAACAUUGGAAAAACCUGAACUUUCUCUUGGAGUUUUCGAGCUUAAUUAGGCAGAAUAGCCGACCACAAUGUUUUAUGAUUC